UUGCCCGACAAACAAACAAUAGAAAAGCGAAAACAAAUGUCAUUUUCGAGGUUAUUGAGAGUCCAGAAUCCUGGUCUCUGUCUACUCUUCAAUUAUUCCCAACCUCUCACCUCUUCAUCUUCUUCUUCCUUACCUUUGACCAGAGACAGAGCAGCACUCACAUUCACAACGAAGGUUUCCUAUUCAUCAGACAUGGUGAAGGCAAUCAGAGUUCACGAACUCGGUGGCCCUCAAGUUCUGAAGUGGGAGGAUGUGGAAAUUGGAGAUCCAAAAGAAGGCGAGGUCCGUGUGAGGAACAAAGCCAUUGGGGUUAAUUUCAUUGAUGUCUACUUUCGCAAAGGAGUUUACAAAGCCCCUUCUUUUCCCUUCACUCCAGGUAUGGAAGCUGUUGGGGUUGUGACAGCUGUGGGUGCUGGACUCACUGGUAGGCAGGUUGGAGAUCUUGUAGCUUAUGCAGGUCAACCAAUGGGUUCAUAUGCUGAAGAGCAGAUACUUCCUGCAAAUAAAGUAGUCCCUGUUCCUUCGUCAAUUGACCCAGCUGUUGCAGCAUCCAUCAUUCUCAAGGGCAUGACAACUCAGUUUUUGCUUCGGCGCUGUUUCCAGGUUGAACCCGGUCAUACAAUUCUUGUCCAUGCAGCAGCUGGCGGAGUUGGAUCCCUAUUGUGUCAGUGGGCAAAUGCUCUUGGUGCAACUGUUAUAGGAACUGUAUCCAAUAAAGAGAAGGCAGCUCAAGCCAAGGAGGAUGGCUGUCAUCAUGUUAUAAUCUACAAAGAAGAGGAUUUUGUUGCCCGUGUCAAUGAAAUUACAUCUGGCAAUGGAGUUGAAGUAGUCUAUGAUUCUGUAGGAAAGGAUACAUUUGAGGGAUCUUUGGCAUGCUUGAAGCUUAGGGGCUACAUGGUAAGUUUUGGGCAGUCAUCUGGUUCACCUGAUCCGGUUCCAUUAUCUUCCCUGGCUGCAAAAUCCCUUUUCUUGACUAGGCCUAGUCUAAUGCAAUAUGUUGUCACUCGGGAUGAGCUGUUGGAGGCUGCUGGAGAGGUGUUUGCUAACGUUGCUUCUGGUGUGUUGAAGGUCCGUGUUAAUCAUACUUACCCAUUGUCUGAGGCUGCAAAAGCACACGAAGACCUGGAGAAUCGAAAGACAUCAGGAUCUGUUGUGUUGAUACCCUAAGACUCUCAGUUGUGUAUGUGUUAUACACCAAGUCCUUGUUUGCUUCCUCUUGAAAAGAACUCUUUAUUAUGAAUGAUAUUGCUAAUGUAUGUUGUUUACCAUGAAUCAUUGUACUUAAAUAAUGAUUUCUCUGUUGACUUUGGUUAAAGAGUACUUUUCUCAUCUUAGUAUCUUGACA